GCGCAGGUGGGUGGGCCGGAACCAUGAGCUCCUACCUGGAGUACAUGUCGUGCGGGGGCGGCGGCGACCUGCUCAGCUUCGCGUCCAAGUUCCGCCGCACAGAUGCGCGGCCAGUGGCCCUGCAGCCUGCCUUCCCCCUGGGCAGCGGCGAAGGCGCCUUCAUCAGCUGCCUGCCCCUGGCCGCCGCCCGACCCGCGCCUUCGCCUCCGGCCACCCCCGCGCAGCCUCCGGCCGCGCCCCCAUUUGCGCCGUACACCCUAGAGGGUGCCUACGAGCCAGGCGCUGCACCUGCCGCGGCGGGGGGCGCAGACUACGGCUUCCUGGGGCCGGGGCCCGGGCCGGCAUACGACUUCUCGUGCGCGAUCGGGCGGCCGGCCGAUGACGGCGGGGCACACGUCCACUACGCCACCUCGGCCGUCUUUUCGGGCGGCAGCUCCUUGCUCCUCAGCGGCCAGGUGGAUUACGGGGCCUUCAGCGAGCCCGGGCCCUUCCCGUCGUGUCUCAAAGAGCCCGCCGACGGCCCCCCCGGGGCCUUCCAGACUGCGUCCCCGGCCCCUGGCGCCUACCCCAAGUCCUCCUCACCGGCCUCCGGCCUCCCAGCUGCUUUCAGUACGUUCGAGUGGAUGAAAGUGAAGAGGAACGCCCCGAAGAAAAGCAAACUCGCCGAGUAUGGAGCCGCUAGCCCCUCCAGCGCAAUCCGCACGAAUUUCAGCACUAAGCAACUGACAGAACUCGAGAAAGAGUUUCAUUUCAAUAAGUACUUAACUCGAGCCCGACGCAUCGAGAUAGCCAACUCCCUGCAGCUGAAUGACACCCAAGUCAAAAUCUGGUUCCAGAAUCGCAGGAUGAAACAGAAGAAAAGGGAACGAGAAGGGCUUCUGCCCUCCACACCUGUGGCUUCCCUCCAACUUACUCCAUCAGGAAUGAGCCCCACCAAGUCUGGCAAGAAUCCAGGGAGCCCUUCUCAGGCCCAAGAACCCUCAUGAGAUUUAGUCCUGAGGUUGAAGAACCUUGGCCUGAAGAAGCCGUGGGCCACCCCACCCCUAUCUAGACUUACUAGCCCAGUUUGGGAUGGAGGUGGU